AUGACGUUUCUUCGGCGGUGGCGGGAAAGUAAUGCCGGGUUUGCGGGCCGGGCGGUAGACGAAACCCCUCACGCUCCAGUGCCCUUUCUCCGUCAGACACGCCCCCCCCCCCCCGCCCGCCCUUGGUGGGCCCGGCGUGUCAAUCAAGGCGGGUAGUUUGAAUACAGUUUACUGCUAGUGGAAAGAAGAAUAUUUUUCAAAGAUGUCUAAGAUUGAUAAAAUGAGCAUUCUUGGAGUAAGGAGCUUUGGUGUGGAGGAUAAAGAUAAACAAGUUAUCACUUUCUUUAAUCCUCUAACUAUUUUGGUGGGCCCAAAUGGUGCUGGAAAAACGACUAUCAUAGAAUGCCUCAAAUAUAUUUGUACUGGGGACUUCCCACCCGGCAGCAAAGGAAAUUCAUUUGUCCACGAUCCAAAAGUUGCCAAUGAAACAGAUGUCAGAGCUCAAAUAAGACUUCAAUUUCGUGAUGUUAAUGGAGAGCUUGUUGCCGUCCAGCGAUCCAUGGUAUGUUCUCAGAAAGGAAAGAAGACAGAAUUUAAAACUCUUGAAGGAGUAAUUACAAGAAUAAAGCAUGGAGAGAAAGUCAGUCUGAGCUCCAAGUGUGCAGAAAUGGACCGAGAGAUGAUUGCUGCCCUUGGAGUUUCUAAGUCUGUACUUAAUAAUGUCAUUUUCUGCCAUCAAGAAGAUUCCAACUGGCCUCUAAGUGAAGGAAAGGCUCUGAAACAGAAAUUUGAUGAGAUCUUUUCAGCAACAAGGUAUAUUAAGGCUUUGGAAACGCUUCGCCAGGUGCGUCUAAAACAAGGGCAGAGAGUUAAAGAAUGUCAGGUGGAGCUGAAGUACUUGAAGCAGAAUAAAGAAAAAGCACAAGAGAUCCAGAAUCAGCUAACUAGCAGGGAAACUCAGUUAGCCGCCUCCAAAGAAAAUGUCAGACAUAUUGAAAACCAACUAGAGCCUCUAAAGAACUCUUUGAUGGAAAUAGAACAGAACCUUAUAAAAGUCAUGAGACUUGAUAAUGAAAGCAAAGCUCUGGAAAGUCGGAGAAAACAGAUGGAAAAGGAUAAUCAAGACCUGCAACAAAAAAUGGAGAAGGUUUUUCAAGGAAAUGAUGAGCAACUUAGAAGAAUGUAUCAAAACCAUCAGAAAACUGUGAAAGAAAAGGAGAAGCGGUUAACAGAGUGUCAGCGAGAAUUGGAGGCAGUAAACAAAGAAUUCCUAAGAUUUAAUACUGAAAAAUCAGAAUUAUUAGUUGAACAAGGUCGUCUUCAGUUACAGGCAGAUCGUUACCAGCAGCAUAUUAGAACCCGAGAUUCAUUAAUUCAGUCUUUGGCAACUCAGUUGGAAUUGGAAGGAUUUGAAACGGCACCCUUAAAUGAAAGACAAAUCAAUAGUUUUCAGAGGCUGGUAAAAGAGAGACAGGACAAAGAUGUGGAAAGUGCUAAUAAUUUAAUGAAAGAAUUUGGCGAGAAGGAAACAAUGAAGCAGAAACAAAUUGAUGAAAUAAGGGAUAAAAAAACUGGACUUGAAAGAACAAUUGUCCUAAAGUUAGAUAUUCAAAAUAAGAAACAAUUUGAAGUAAAGAAUCUAAAACAGGAGUUACGUCAACUGGAAGGUUCCUCAAAUCGACUCCUAGAACUGGACCAAGAACUUACAAAAGCAAAACAUGAAUUAGCUGAAGCUGAGAAAAAUUGCAAUGUUGAAACCCUAGAAAUGGAAAUUAAGGAACUGCAAAGAGAAAAGACAAAUCUGGACAGUACUCUUCGGAAACUGGAUAAAGAGAUGGAACAACUGAACCUGAAUACUACAGUUAUAACCCAAAUGGAUAUGCUGAAAAAAGAUAAAGCUGACAAAGAAGACCAAAUCAGAAAAAUUAAAUUUAGACACAGUGAAGAAUUAAUCUGCUUGUUGGGAUUUUUCCCAAGCAAAAAUCAGCUUGAAGAUUGGCUUCACUCAAGAGUUAAAGAAAUUAAUCAGACAAGAGAUAAGCUUGCCAAGCUCAACAAAGAACUUGUUUCAGCAGAACAAAACAAAAGUCAUAUUACCACUGAACUAAGGAAAAAGGAGGAACAGCUGUCCACAUACGAAGAAAAGCUUUUUGAUGUCUGCGGAAGUCAAGAUUUUGAAAGUGAUCUUAAUAAGCUGCAGCAUGAUAUUGAAAAAACAUCCAAGCAGCGAGCUAUGCUUGCAGGAGCCACAGCAGUUUAUUCGCAGUUCAUCACACAACUAGCAGACGAAAACCAGCCAUGUUGCCCGGUGUGUCAGAGAGUCUUUGAAACGGAGGCAGAACUGCAAGACGUCAUAAAUGAUCUUCAAGCCAAACUGCGCCUUGCUCCAGACAAACUAAAGACAACAGAAUCUGAACUUAAGAAAAGGGAGAAGAAACGGGAUGAUAUGAUUUCUCUGAAACCUAUCAGGCAAACAGUAUCUGAACUCCAUGAAAAAGAUAUACCUGAGUUGAGAAACAAGCUACAGAUCCUUAACAGAGAGAUCCAAAGCCUUAAAGCUGAUAUAGAAGACCAGGAAAACAUCUUGGGUACUAUCGUAACAGAGGAAGAAAGUGCAAAAGCAUGUCUGCAGGAUAUUACACUUAUGGAAAGGGAUCAGAUUGAUCUAAAGGAUGUUGAAAGAAAAAUUGCCCAGCAGGCUGCUAGGCUCCAGGGAGUGGAUUUGGGACGGACUCUUUUGCAAGUGAGCCAAGAGAAACAGGAAAAAAAACACCAGUGGGACACAGUUACUAGCAAAAUUGAACUGAAGCAGACACUCAAGCAAGACCAACAAAAUCAAGUCCAGCAUUUAAAGUGCACAGUAAAUGAACUCAAAGCUGAGAAACUUCAGAUUUCCAGCAGCAUGCAGCGUCGACAGCAACUUGAAGAACAGACUGUAGAAUUAACAACCGAGGUGCAGUCUUUAAACAGAGAGAUCAAGGAUGCAAAGGAACAGUUACUUCCUUUGGAAACAACUUUGGGAAAACUUCAACAUGAAAAAGAAGAGUUGUCCAACAAAAAGAAUACAAGUUACAAAAUAACACAAGAGAAGAUAAAUGACAUUAAAGAAAAAGUUAAAAAUAUCCAUAACCAUAUGAGAGAGAUUGAGAAUUAUAUCCAAGGAGGAAAAGAGGAAUACAAGCAGCAAAAGGAAUCUGAACUGGAGAAAGUCACAGUUCAGCUAAUAGAUUCUGAGAAAAAGAAAGAGAAGAUAAAUAAAGAAAUGGGAACAAUUAGGCAAGAUAUUGAUACACAAAAGAUUCAGGAACGAUGGUUAGAAGAUAAUCUUACUUUAAGAAAAAGAAAUGAAGAUCUAAAAGAAGUUGAAGAUAACAUAAAACAGCUUUUGAAGGAAAUGGGGGAAAUGCAAGUACCACAACUGAAAAGAAAUCAAAAACAUUUAGAAGAAAAAAUAGAGGAUUUGAAAAGAAGCCAUAGUUUGGCACUUGGUCGGCAGCAUGGAUUUGAGGAGGAGAUCCUGAGAUAUAAGAAAGAGCUGAGAGAACAACAGUUUAAAAAUGCUGAAGAGAAAUAUAGAGAAAUGAUGAUAAUUAUGAGGACCACAGAACUGGCAAACAAAGAUCUUGACAUUUACUAUAGAGCACUGGAUCAGUGA